AUGAGAAUGAAGUUUGUAUUUAUAGCUACACUAAGUGUGUUAGUUCUUAGUAGGGGUGACCUAACUUGGAGCUGCCUCACUGGAGGAACUCCUUGCUUUUGCUUGGACCAGCCAUUCUCAAUUGGAUUGAAGGUUAAGUCAGCAUUUGCCUUACUCUCAGUUGAGUUGAAGGGUUGGUUUUUGAUUGAAGAUUUGAUGUGCAUGCCAGUUGGGAAAGUUGCAGUAUUGUUAAAGUUUUGA